CCACAGUCCCUCGGCGUGACUGAGCAAGCGGUGGUGGUGGCAGGCGGCAGCUGUGGUGAUGGCGGAGCCCGACGACUGGGAGACGGUGGAUUUCGGAACGCAGGAGGACUCGCUGAGGAAGCCGGUGAUCGUAGACAGAUGGGAAGGCGAGGACGAGGAUGAGGACGUGAAGGACAACUGGGACGAUGAUGAGGAGGAAAAGAAGCCACCAGUCAAGCCAGAAGUCAAGGUUUCAGAAAAGAAGAAAUUAAGUGACAGGAUUAAAGAGAAGGAGGAGAAAGAGAGGCAACAAAAGAAGAAAGCUGCAGCGCUAAAAAAUUCGUUAAAAGCGCAGGAACCACCCGUGCUCUCUACAGAGGAACAACUAGCAGAGAAACUUCGACUAGCGAAGCUACAGGAGCAGGCAGACUUGGAAGUUGCGAAGGAGACAUUUGGCAUGAACAAUGUAACACAGUUUGGAAUUGACUCCAUGUGCCCGUCUACUAGAGAAGACUUUGCAGAAUUUGGAAAGCUCUUGAAAGAAAAGAUUACACAGUUUGAAAAGUCUCUAUAUUAUGUGGACUUCUUGGAAACAUUACUCAGAGAUAUUAGCCUUUCAUUGGAAGCUGAUGACUUGAAAAAAUUGAACAACUCUUUGACGACACUUUAUAGUGAAAAAGUGAAACAGGAAAAGCAAAACAAAGGCAAAAAGAAGAAAAAGGCUCCUGUGCUUGCAGGUGGAUUUAAGGCAAAUCUGAAGGAUGAUCUUGAUGACUAUGAUUUCGCGCAGGAGUACGACGACUUCAUGUGAUCCCGUCCUCGUCACCAGGCUUCUUCCAGCAUGUUUUUUUUUGUAGACUACCUUCUGCUGCUGGUUUGUCCCUGAGCUGCACAGAACCCUUGCAUUGUUAUGGGACUAGCUAGGACACUGGACACCCCAUGGUAAUAUCAGCAGAUUUUAUUGCUGGUACCAUAAUUAUGCAUUGUUGCAGUCAGUGACAACAUUCAGGUAGCACUGUGGAGAACAUACCUGCAUGGAUUUGGGGUGGGUGGGGAAGAGAGCUAUAUAUUUGAAAAAAAAAUCUGGAGCCUUGGAGUGUAUGACUCGGCCUCUCUAUUGUGACCUGAGCUGACGUACUAUCACGUUUAUUGUGAUACUCUAGAAUUGCAGAGUCAGAUUACUAUUUUUAAAAUUUCAUGCAUUUUGCCAGCUUUUCUUCUCUGAAACAAUCUAACUAGAGAACCUGUUUUUCUGUGACAUUAUGGCUUUUGGCUUCUGGUUUGGUCUGCCUUAAGAGAACAUGCCUUAGGUGUUCUCUCUGAAUUGGGCUGAUGGGGAGGAGCCAUGUGACCUUCCUAUGAUGUUGCCCAUUUUAUGGCUGCGCCUUUGGGAAACUGAAGGCUUGUCAAGAAAACCCUUGAUCAUUUUAAGGUAGAUGAUCUUGUUGCUGUGAGUAGGAACUUGUCGUGUUCAGCCUGGUUGCCACAUUCCUGCAUUACAACAACAAUGGUCAAGCACACAGCGUACCUCACUGGCCAUAAAGCACCUUCGGAUGGCAGAAGCCUAUGCCCCUAAACAGGGAUAAAUUAUUUUGUGGUUAGAGGAGGAUUCAUUCUUUGGGAUUGGUGUCGUCACUUUGUGGAUGGCUGUUGUGGGCAAAAUCUUGUCACACUGACUACCACUUCACUGGCUUAGCUUGGGGAGGAUUGGCAGACUGAACUGAUGCCACUUGGUUUUCUAAACAGGAUUAUACUUUUUGGAGUCUUUGGCUGUAGGCAAGUCGGGGAAACACAGUGAGUCUUGAAUGCUGCCUAUUUGACUAGUCCUAUCAGAGACCUGGCAUUUUGUUUUAAACCAUUUGUUGAAAGCUUUGGGUGUGGAAGUUGGCCCUUGCAAAGGGGUUUUGAAUCAAGGAUGCUAGUGAAGAGGGAAAGGGUGGGCUGUGGUGAAGAAGUACUCUUCAAGCCGGCCACUUCCAGUAAUGGAACUGAAUGCAGAAACUUCACUGAGAAUGUGGAGGCAGAAGUAGUGAUCUUCAUUUUACAUACCCCACUCUGGAGUUUUGGGAUUAACUUCCUUGUGUGUAGUUACGGUAAGGCAUGUGCUACUUACUCAUCGUAACCUACCAGUCGUCCGUAAUGGGUUGGAAGUGCUUGUAAGGUGGCAUCAGUGCAGUAUAUGUUCAGUUUAUUAAUUUUAACUGCACUUUACCUAGAUUUUGCAUUGAUCAUGAGGUGAUUUUACAACCCACUGUAAUUUCAUAGUAUGGGAAAUAAUGCAUUAUUUUUAAAGGCCCCACAGAAUUAUUUUAGUUGGUGAUUGUGCUUUUUGUGGUCUUCAACACAAAACAGCUUCUAGGAAUAGCUCUUGUAUUGUCCAUCUCUCUACCCUUCCCAAAUUUAUUUUACAAAACACAAUUUCUUACAGUCUAUUGAUCAGCACAACAGAUGAGUAAUUUAUUUUUAUAUUAACCUCAUCUGUUGCUGAUUAGUUGGGAAGGCAUAACUACAUGUGAACAUAAUUGGACAUUUGCUAUUGCUAUGUUUUGGGAUAAUAAAUGAGUAUUAAUUAUUUCCUGCAUUGUUUUUCAUGGCCUUCAGAAAACGUGAAACAAAGCUGGUUGUGCUUUAGAGGUUGCUUGUUCCCUGGAAUUCUACUCAAAUAGUUGUGCCUGACAUCUGGGUUUUUAACUGCAAAUUAUUUACCUCUAAGAGGACACAUGGUGACAAUGCAGAUUGAAACACGUUUCUUCAAGGUUUCAUAUCAAACUGCUGAUACCAGCAGGCAUACAUGACCAUUCACCCACUUGAGUGUGUAUCAGCUGUAGGUAGUUUUGCCAUCACUCUUACACAAACUUUCCCCUGCAGCUCUACCUUUUGCUCAUUAACUUUCAUUGGUGCACCCAAACCUCCAUUUUUGACAGGUGAUUCAAUCCCCAUGAAAUCAUGCUGAGUGCCUGCCUAGAUAUGUGUAGGUGAGAUGGUACUAAUGUGUGAAGUUUGUAUUUUGCCAUGCAGACAACAAAUCUUAAGCCACACAAUCUGAAGGGUGGCCAAAUGCUGGAAGCUGGCAGAUGCCAUUUCUAGGUAUUCUGUGCAAUUUGUUCAUAGCCUGAGAUGGUGCAAAACAAUGAAAUGAUGCGCGCAACAGAGAACGUUAGAAAGAAUACAGCAGUUUUAUUCAUUUUUUGUUUCAUCCACUGUAUUUGGUGCUAGUGUCAUGUUCUGGCUUGGACUUAAAUUCACAAUUGUUUAAGGUUAAAUGCAUGGUAGUCACUUUAAUAUCACUGAGAAACCCAGCCUGUACUGCACUUUGCUCAACUGCUGUUUCCAGUAGCAGCUUUACUUAUACACUGGGUCCUCACUAAACAUCCACUGAGAAAUAGUGGAAUUUCGGUCAAUGUAAAAGCCAAACCUAUAUACAUAAUUACAUUUUUUACAAUCUGAACAGAUUUUUUUUAAUAUG